CCCAAGUGAAUCUUCCAGCACUAGGAUCCACCUGCAGCCAGUACUGGACAGGGAGAGGGGCCGCCUUGCAAGAGCUGAACCUGCAAAUCCAAACAUUGGUGAGCAGUGAGCAUUGUGCCCCCAAAGCCACCUAUUCUCUCUCGGCCAAUGAAGAACCCAGGCAGGGGUCUGAGGGCUGUUGGGAGGAUCAGAGAUGAGGUUUAUGAGAAGUUCUUACAGAAAAAUCCAGCAGCUCUAGGGCAGACAGUGGAUUAGCCCGGACAGACCUGAGAACACCAAAGCAGCCUUCACUUCACAUGGGAUUCCUGGACACCUGAGAAACACACACACAGUGAUCAGCCACACCCUCCCCACUGGAGACAGAACACCUGGGCGGCCCCUGAGUUCCAGCAAGGCCAGGGGAAGAGCAGGGGAAGACACUCCAGGGCUGGGAGAGGAGGGCGGUGGUCCGCCACUUUGCUGAACAGCUGGAGGGUGAGAAAGUUCUAUACCCAUGAAUCAGCCUCCUGUAGUUCCAAUGCUUGUUCUUCAUGACCCCUGCAGCCAAGCCAUGAGGCCCCUCGCAGGGACCCCUCAUGGUUACUUCCACUCUGCACUCGCGGACACCGAGGCCGAAACUGCGAGGGCUGCGUCGGGAGCGAGGCCAGGGGAUGUGGGCGGACCCUCCGGUGCAUCGACCUAUCGGAUGCGACGCCUGGCGAACAGGCGCCCGCUACAGCCAAUAGAGAGCCUCCCGGGCGGCAGUUGCCCAGGCGACCCCGAGUUGUUGGUUGCUGCGGACAACGCUGCGGGCCCGGGCUGACUUUGACCCGCUCGCAGCCAGGACCGAUUGGCGCGUGGCGGGCUUGUCUUCCCGUCGCCCUAGGCGGCUCCAGCAUCGCCCCCUUUCCACUCCAGAGCCUGGGGGUGGGGCAGCUCCUCGGGGGCGUCGCAGAGGAGUCUGGGGGACCUUGCAGGGCCUGGCCACCUCCUCUGGAGCCAGGGUCACGCUCCCAUUCUGUGGGUCCCAGCUCUCACACGCUCUAGUGUCGCAUAUGUUGCUCCCUCCACCGAGAUCAUUCCUCCCCAAUGCUGCUUGUUGAACUUAAGAUCAGCAAGUGUCAGUUCAGAGGUUGCUUCUUCCUGAAGCUUUCCUUGUCCUCCUCUGGGCUACUGCUGGCCCAUGCCGCCCUCUCACAAUACCUAUCCCACCUGUCAUCACCCCAAGGAGGUGAAGCCAGAGGACAGUGGACAGAGACUGCUCCUCUCUGCGUGCCCGGGGCCCAGCAGAGGGAGUCUGAAGCGGAUGGGAGGCCCAGGGCAACUGGGGGUUGGGCCUGGGAGGUGGAGGCUGAAUCCUGUCCAGAGUGUCCCUUUAAUAGCUGCUGGCCUGGCCCGGCUUGGCGCCUGCUUUACCUCCCGUUCAGCUGUGGCUGCAGUUGCUGUGCUGACUCACGCGCCCCAGCCGCCGACAGGAUCUGGGAGCAUGGGCUCCCCAGGGGCCGUGGUGGGCUGGGGGCUUCUGGAUUACAAAACGGAAAAGUACGUGAAGACCCGGAACUGGCGGGUGGGCGCCUUGCAGAGGUUGCUGCAGCUGGGGGUCAUGGUCUACGUGGUGGGGUGGGCCCUCCUCGCCAAAAAAGGCUACCAGGAGCAGGACCUGGACCCCCAGAUUUCUGUCAUCACCAAACUCAAAGGGGUUUCUGUAACCCAGAUCAAGGAGCUGGGGAACCGGCUGUGGGAUGUGGCUGACUUCGUGAAGCCGCCACAGGGAGAAAACGUGUUCUUCUUGGUGACCAAUUUCCUUGUGACGUCAGAACAAGUUCAGGGCAGAUGCCCAGAGCACCCCUCCAUCCCACUGGCUAGCUGCUGGGCUGACCAGGACUGUCCUGAAGGGGAGACAGGGACCCACAGCCACGGCAUAAAAACGGGCCAGUGCGUAGUGUUCAACGGGACCCACAGGACCUGUGAGAUCCGGGGCUGGUGCCCAGUGGAGAGUGGUGCUGUGCCCGUGAAGCCCCUGCUGGUCCAGGCCGAGAACUUCACGCUGUUCAUCAAAAACACCGUCACCUUCAGCAAGUUUAACUUCUCCAAGUCCAAUGCCUUGGACACCCAGGACCCAACAUAUUUCAAGCGCUGCCGCUACGACCCGCGCUUCAGCCCCUCCUGCCCUGUGUUCCGUAUCGGGGACCUCGUGGCCGCAGCUGGAGGGGUCUUUGAGGACCUGGCGCUGCUGGGCGGUGCCAUGGGCGUCCACGUCCACUGGAACUGCGACCUGGACUCCAGGGGCUCUGACUGCUGGCCCCACUACUCUUUCCAGCUGCAGGAGCGGACCUACAACUUCAGGACGGCCACUCACUGGUGGGAGGCUUCGGGUGUGGAGGCCCGGAGUCUGCUAAAGCUCUACGGGAUCCGUUUUGACAUCCUCGUCACUGGGCGGGCAGGGAAGUUCGGGCUCAUCCCCACAUUCAUCACUCUGGGCACAGGAGCAGCUUGGCUGGGCGUGAUCACCUUCCUCUGUGACCUGCUGCUGUUGUACGUGGAUGGAGAAGCUCAUUUCUACUGGAGGACCAAGUAUGAGGAGGCAAAAGCUCCAAAGGUGACUGCCAGCCCUGAGCAGACAAAACCGGCAUCUGCACCCCUGCACCUGGCUGCCCAGGCUCCUUAGAGGUGGCCCAGCGCCUGUACCAACGGCCAGGGCUGCUACCAGGAGCUGGACACCAAAGCCUUGGCCCUGGCCCCCGCUUGCUGGCCCAUUCCUGAGGCCUGUUCCCUGCUGUCGGGGGUCGGGGCUGGGAAGGGAGGGGCCUCGCCUUGGGAACCUCAUGGAUGGAGCCCCAGCAGGACCAGGGCAGGGAGUGGGAGAAUUCCAUCCUUAAACUCCCAGGCAUACUGUCCCUACCCUGACUCUGGCCUCGGCAGGGUGCUGCCCAGGGAGCAGCAAAAGCCGCUAUUGCACAGAGACCUGCAGCGGAACAUGUCCCAGGGCACUGGUCACAAGGGCUCCAGCUGUGUCUGGAGAACUCUCUCCCAGCUCUGUCACCAGGGCUUCCAGCAGCGGCCACUCACCAGUGGUCAGCACAGACCCUCCACUGGCUGUGCAGACUCCAGCCCUCUCCCCCGGCAGCACCUCCAUUGUAGGUAGAGCCCCCACCCUCUCGGCGCUGUUCCAGGGUCUGUGCUGCCACAGUCUAGAGCAGGGUAGAAAGAGGUCUGACAAGAGGGCUGUCUCUGCUGCUCUGGUGCUGGGUGCCUGGGGCUCGUCCCCACCCAGUUUGGGGAGUCAUCCAUGGAAUUCAUACUGGGGCAGGCAGAUGACCCAACCCACUUGGACCCGGCAAUGGCGCAUGCACCAGCCCUUCCUGGUGGUGGCCCUCAGACUGUGGAGGGCUGGGAUUGGGAGAAGAGGAUGGAGAAGCUGAGCUGGUGGUCACUGGGUCCUUUGGGACCGUCUGUGUGCUCCUUGGUGACACCCAGCCCAACCUCCUGGAACUUGUGGGGGUGGGGAGAAUGUAUAUCUGGAAUUCACUGCUACCCAAGGUCACACACCUAAGAACCAGCCCGAGGCAACUGCUCGAAUGAGGCCCUGUCCUUCGCUUCGAGUGGAGCCCAGUGGCCAGAAGGAAUGCCCCAAACAAAUUCCAGAGGCCCCGGCAGGCUGGCCUGGAUCUGGCUGUGACAUCCUCACAGGGUCUGAGUCCUGCCCGCUGGAGAACUCCCCAUGUGGCAGGGAGCCUACAGCUGGGAGGGAGGUACUGGCUGCAGGGGUCUGACCCUGUCUUGGCUCCAGGGCAGCGGCAGGGGUUUGGGAGUGCCCACCUGGGAGGCGAGGGGCUGCUUUCUCACGGGGCCCGGUGACCAGGCAUGCUGGCCGCUUGCCGGGGCAGUGACAUGGGCCAGCUGGGGAGGGCAGGGUUGGGGUUCAGACUGGGCUAGCAUCUGGAACCAUCUGGCAUCUGGAGCCUCAGCAAAGCCUUGGGGUCCCUGCUGCCUCUCAAUCCCCAGAGCAGUGUCCCUGGGGAGGCAGGCCACAAAGGUCAGGGUGAGAGAACAUGGCCCUGAGGUCUUUACCGGGGCGGGGUCCCAUGUACGGGGCCCAAAGAAAGCUGAUGUAUGGCUUCAGGGUCCGGGAGUAAAGCCUGUCGACAGCA